AUUUAAUUAAUGAAAAGAAUCCUAAUCUGUUUGCUUUUCAUAUCUUUAAUAUCUUGUAAGGCUAUCAAUCACCUUGAAAAUACAGUUAAAAAGGAUGAUAGUAAGAAAGAAGAACCAAAAAAGGAAGAAAAGAAAGAUGAAAAGAAAGAAGAACCAAAAAAAGAUGAGAAGAAAGAUGAAAAAAAAGAAGAGCCUAAAAAGGAUGAGAAGAAGGAUGAAAAGAAAGAUGCGAAGAAGGAUGAGAAGAAAGAUGAGAAGAAAGAUGAGAAGAAAGAAGAAAAGAAGGACGAGAAGAAAGAUGAAAAAAAGAAAGAAGAGAAGAAAGACGAAAAGAAGGAUGAGAAGAAAGAUGAAAAGAAGGGUGAAAAGAAAGAAGAAAAGAAAGAUGAGAAGAAAGAUGAAAAGAAAGAUGAAAAAAAGGAUGAGAAGAAAGAAGAAAAGAAGAAAGAUGAAAAGAAAGAUGAGAAGAAAGAUGAAAAGAAGAAAGACGAAAAGAAAGAUGAGAAGAAGGAUGAGAAGAAAGAUGAGAAGAAAGAUGAAAAAAAGGAUGAGAAGAAAGAAGAAAAGAAGAAAGAUGAAAAGAAAGAUGAGAAGAAAGAUGAAAAGAAAGAUAAGAAGGAUGAAAAAAAGGAUGAGAAGAAAGAUGAAAAGAAAGAGAAGGAUGAGAAGAAAGAUGAAAAAAAAGACAAGAAGGAUGAGAAAAAAGAUGAAAAGAAAGAGGAAAAGAAAGAAAAGAAGGAUGAGAAAAAAGAGGAAAAGAAAAAAAAUGAACCAAAAGAAAGCCCUGAAGAAAAAAAAUUCAGAUCAUGCAUUGAAGAUAAAUGCGAAUCAUAAGCUAAAGGUUGUGACAAGAGUUGUAACUAAAAAUUAGAAUCAUGCAAGGAUGUAGUUUAUGUUGCUGGAUAUCAAGCUGUAAGGCUCUUAAUAUUAUAUUUUUAGUAUUUGGAUUGCAUUAAUGAAAGUAAGCCUGCUGUUGCCCUACUUGAAUGUGUUUAAUCUAAGUGCUUGUAGUGAAAAUAAUUCUACAUUUAAAAUAUUCAUAUAUUAUAUUUAAGAAAACAUAAGCU